AUGAUUUUACGUGGUAAUAGUAUAAGACUAGUAUUACCAAAUAUAAAAGCUCGUUCAUAUCAUAGUUCAAAUAAAAUUCGACUAUGCCAAUCAUUUGUUGAACAAUAUAGAUAUCUAUCAUGCACAAGACCAAUUCUUGAUGUUAACAAAUCAAAUAAUGUUUUAAAACUCCCCAAGAAGGAUGAUCUGAUACCGCAAGGUGUAGAGACAAAGCAAAUAGAUUCCAAACUGACUCAAAAACCAAAAUCAUCGUCACAUUCAUCAGAUUCACCUCAUACUUUAUUUGGUCGUAAAGUUUCAACAUCCGAAUUAUUCAUGUUACGUUCAUUAUUCAAAACAAUCUGGCCUAAAAACAAUCCCAAUUUCAAAUUCAGAGUAUUAAUUGCAAUAUCAUUAUUAAUUGGUUCAAAAUUAUUAACUGUUCAAGUACCAUUUAUUUUUAAACAAAUUAUAGAUAAUAUGAAUAUUGAUUGGAAUCAAGAUGUUGGAUUAAUUACUACCGUUGUGGGAUCAUUAAUAUUAGCUUACGGUGGUGCAAGAUUUGGAGCAGUAGUUUUUGGUGAAUUAAGAAAUGCCAUUUUUGCAAGUGUUGCACAAACCGCAAUAAAAAGAGUUGCUUCAAAUACAUUUAAUAGAUUAUUAAAUAUGGAUCUACAAUUUCAUUUAUCUCAACAAACUGGUGGAUUAACUAGAGCUAUUGAUAGAGGUACAAAGGGUAUUAGUUAUGUUUUAUCAGCAAUGGUUUUCCAUAUAAUUCCAAUAACUUUUGAAAUUAGUAUAGUGUGUGGUAUAUUAAGUUAUAAUUAUGGUUUACCAUUUGCAGCCAUGACUUUUUCAACAAUGUUAGCAUAUCUGAUUUUUACAAUAAAAACAACAGCAUGGAGAACUAAAUUUAGAAGACAAGCAAAUAAUGCAGAUAAUGAAGCAGCAACUGUCGCAUUAGAUUCUUUAAUUAAUUAUGAAUCAGUUAAAAUUUUUAAUAAUGAAAAAUUUCAAAGUUCAAAGUAUAAUGAUGCCUUAACAAAAUAUCAAAAUGCUUCAGUUAAAGUUGCAACAAGUUUAGCUUAUUUGAACGCAGGACAAAAUGCUAUUUUCACACUGGCAUUGACUGCAAUGAUGUAUAUGGGAUGUCAAGGAGUUGUGUCUGGUGGUUUAACUGUGGGAGAUUUAGUAUUAAUUAACCAAUUAGUUUUUCAAUUAAGUGUACCAUUAAACUUUUUGGGUAGUGUUUAUAGAGAAUUGAAACAAAGUUUAUUGGAUAUGGAAAAUUUGUUUCAAUUACAAAAUGUACCUAUCAAAAUUCAAGAAGUUCCAAAUGCACCACCAUUAAAAUUGAAUUCUGCUACACCUGGUGAAAUUAAAUUUGAAAAUGUUACUUUUGGAUAUCAUCCAGAUCGUCCCAUAUUAAGAAAUGCUACGUUCACAAUUCCAGCUGGUGAAAAAGUAGCAAUUGUUGGUCCUUCAGGCAGUGGUAAAUCAACAAUUUUGAGAUUAGUAUUUAGAUUUUAUGAUGUACAACAAGGUAGAAUUUUAAUUGAUGGACAAGAUAUAACAAAAGUAUCUUUGGAAAGUUUAAGGUCUAAAAUUGGAGUUGUACCACAAGAAACUCCCCUUUUCAAUGAUACCAUAAUUGAAAAUAUCAGGUAUGGGAAUUUAAACUCAACAAAUGAACAAAUUGAAGAAGUUAUUAAACAAGUACAAUUAAAUCAAUUAAUUAAAGAGUUACCCGAGGGUGAACAUACAAUAGUUGGAGAAAGAGGAUUAAUGAUAUCAGGAGGUGAAAAACAAAGAUUGGCAAUAGCAAGAUCAUUAUUAAAAAAUGCACCUAUAACUUUCUUUGAUGAAGCGACAUCAGCAUUAGAUACUCAUACAGAACAAUCAUUAUUACGAACUAUAAAAUCAACUUUUAAACAAUCACAAAAUACCAAUAUUUCAAUAGCUCAUAGAUUAAGGACAAUUUCAGAUUCAGAUAAGAUUAUUGUUUUAAAUAAAGGUCAUGUACAAGAAGAAGGUACUCAUUUAAAAUUAUUAAGUAAUCCUGAUUCAUUAUAUUCCCAAUUAUGGAACAUUCAAGAGAAUUUGGAGGAAGAUGAAGAAGAAUUAGAGAAAAUUGAUGAGAAUGGUAACGAAGAUAAAAGUAAAUAG